UUCCGUUGUACUACCGCAAGACAUUUUGACUUGAGGUUGGGUACUUCAACAAUGUACUGACUCGCAGACAAUGCUCUUCUGGUGCCAACCUACUUCCAGCUCUUUCACACCCGACAGUGCUUAAUUGUUGCCUCUCGUGCUUUGUGAGGCAGGAGUGAAACAUUUCUGAUGACGAUAAUCUAGCGGAGGCCUUGACUCGCCAAACCGUCCUGUGAACCUUGCUCCCAUCAUCGGAGCUCCAUGUUUCAAGCGUGCUUUCCAUGACUUGAUUGGUGUAACCGAUGAGUUUGCCAGUGCAUCUGAACGAGUAGAACUCCUAGUUGUGGUUUGGUUUAACGUUGAACUGUCCAGGAUCGUUUCGGUAGAGGUUCUUGAGGUAGUGAAUUUAGUCUUCAAGCCAGAGAUUGUACUUCAGUCCUGCAACCGGGUAUUGUGACCUUGAGCACAAUUAUGAAUUCAGUCAGACUCUAAUGAUCGAAAGUACACUGUAAAUUGGCGACAGUAUCCUCGACUUGAAAUCCGAGAUCUGCGGGUAAUGGGUGUCUCCGACAGAUAAAGCUUUGAUCGUGCGUGACGAAUAUGGCUUCCUCAUUGGGUGGGGUUUCUGCUGAUGCGUGCAGUGGCAGAGUCUCCUAUCAUCGCACCGGCUCCAGCACACGAAGCACAGCUGUUCCUGUGGAGCAUUUGCGAACAAUAGAGAGUGGAAUUCAAUCCGACUGGGAGAACUUCCCGCAGAUCCAACCAUCCCGAGUUGUUAGAAACGAUUCGGUGAAGGGACACUACGAUGGCAGUGUUGUCAAUGUACCACUGACGAGAAAAGUGAAAGUUUGGAUUGGAUUGCACGAUUCCCGAAAAGCCGAUGUAUGGAGAGCAGCAGCCGUGGAGUUUGUGGCCACUGCAGGCCUCACAUUCCUCAGCAUCGGAGCAUAUCAGCAAGGCAAGAGCAUCUCCGUGGCAGCCCACGUCUUCAUACAAGCUCUCAUCUACUCCUUGGUUAUCCUCGCCGCGACGCCUAUCUCCGGCGCCCAUCUCAACCCCUCCAUCACCUUCACUACCUUCCUUACCGGCCAAGCCACGCUUGUGCGAACCAUCCUCUACGUCGUGGCGCAACUACUUGGGGGCAUCCUUGGAGCUCUAGGAAUGUGGGCCUUGACUACCCAUGAGAUGCGUAGAGAAUACUCACUAGGGGGAUGUCUGUUACAGAAGUUGCCAGUAGAGGGUACCGACUUAGGAUUAAGUACAUUGAGCAACAAGCAGGGACUGGUGGCCGAAACAGUAUUCACCAUCAUCAUGCUCUUCGUCGUAUACGGAAUCGGAUUCGACUCAAGAAACGUGGUGGUCACUUUCCUGAUUAGCUCUCCUUUCAUUAUCGGUGGGAUUUUCGGCAUUUUGAUAUUCAUUUCCCAGGGUGUGGGAUACACGACGGCAAUGAACCCCGCUAGAUGCUUCGGCCCUGCGAUUCUUCAUCACAACAAGUUAUGGGGACCCCUCUACAUCUUCAUCUUCGGCCCGCUGAUUGCAGCAGGGAUAGUCGCGAUUUUCCAGCACAUAAUGCAUCAAAAACAUGCCGCUGAAGUCGAACCUGUGUUGCCACUGAAUUUUUUUCAUAUCGUCACACCAGAUCACCAACGCCCCGGAUUUGGUCCCCGGUGUCCAACCAUGUUUUACCCCAGCAUAGAUCAGGAAGUAGAUCACUCGCAACAGCUAGUGUCCGGCAACAUCCCAACCAUGAUGUCAAGCGAAUUGCUUCAACAGCCGUCUAAUCAACUCAAUUCUGCUGCCAACAAAAUCAAUCUCGUCCUGCAAGUCAAGGCGUUCAUGCAACCGAGGACUGGCGAGACAAGACAGGCCAGCAAGACGAAUAUUAUGGAUGGUGCGAGAAUUGAUCAAAACCUUUUGUUGCAACAAUACUCGAAUUCACUUGGCUCAUCGGACGGUAUCGCUAUUCAUCAUUCUGGUGAUUUUGAGAAAGACAGAUAGGCUUCCACAAUGGUAGGCUGCAGUCAUUUUCAACAACUGAGUAUUAGCCUAGAAGAGACAACAGAGUUAAGUGCUAAGCGCUUAAAUAUUGUGUGAAGAUUAAAGCUGUUCGUGCCUUGCGAAGCGUCCAUGGCCCAGAUGGGUAUCGACGGUGUCAGCCUGUCAUGCCUUGUAAAAUAAGUAGAACAUCUAACACACAAUUCUUGAAUAUAGUAAUCCUUUUUUAACCUUUUUCUA